AUGCCGACGUCUGGCAUUCUGAAGAUUAAUGUACACGCCAUUGAGGGCAAUUUUGGUGAGACGGAGCUUGCAACGAAGAAAAUGGCGGUGCGCUUUGCUGUGAAUAAAGUUGAGCACAUUACUAAAUUCAAACCAUACGACGCCAUAGUCGACGAGCUAGCGACGCUUCGCAUUCACGAGGCCGCGGCUGAUGCAAAGUUGACCAUUGAACUGUUACUUGAGAGGAAUAAAAAGCCUAUUGUGAGCACACAAAAGUCACUUGUUGAAUUCCAGAACAACUACAAGAUGCGUAAGAUGACGUUUACAUUUGGGCCCAAGGCGGCACCUAGCACGGUGCUACUUUCGUAUGGUGUGGACUGGCAGUCGAUUGAGACAACAUUGGCUUCGUAUGAUUCACAUCGACCAUGGUUCAUGCGUGUGUCUUACUAUUACGACACUACCAAGAAUGUAUACAAUUACACUACAAGCUUUCGUGUUGUUGCUCCAUUUGCCCGCUUUGGUGAGAAUACGGCUAAUACAGUCGUUGAAAAGGUGAGUGGCAAGUCACUACAUGAUAUUGACGAAGCCUGGGUAGGCCCUGGCUUUAAUGCGUUGGACAACAAGGUGGAUGCUACUAUCUCGUCUGUGGUCACAACGUUGCACUCUGGUCAACAAUAUGCACUGAAGAAGAAGGAAGAGGCUGUGGGUGUUGCUUCGUCAGUCGCCAAGAAAACAACUGACACGGUGUCAGGAGCUGUAGGGGCUACGGUGCACAAGGCUGCGACCGUCAAGGACUACACUACGGAAAAAGUGGUAUCGGCCUCAUUGAGUGUGUACGGUACUGUGGCCAAUGUGGCAAAUUACACGAAGACGCAGGUGGUGCAUGCUUCGUCGUCCACUUACGGCACCGUGAAAGGCGUCACUUUUACGGCGCUAAGCUACGUGCCCGUGAUUGGUUCAAGGAUUGCGGUGUAA